AGGUCUUGAGUUAGAGCGCCGGCUUUGGGGACCCUGGACCAGUAUCAUGGAGACGGAGAGUGAGCAGAACUCUAACUCCACCAAUGGGAGCUCCAGCUCUGGGGGCAGCUCUCGGCCCCAGAUAGCUCAGAUGUCGCUGUAUGAACGGCAAGCAGUGCAGGCUCUGCAGGCACUGCAGCGUCAGCCCAACGCGGCUCAGUAUUUCCACCAGUUCAUGCUCCAGCAGCAGCUCAGCAAUGCCCAGCUGCAUAGCCUGGCCGCCGUCCAGCAGGCCACGAUCGCUGCCAGUCGGCAGGCCAGCUCCCCAAACAGCACCACACAGCAGCAGACUGCCACCACCCAGGCCUCAAUCAAUCUGGCCACCACGUCGGCCGCCCAGCUCAUCAGCCGAUCGCAGAGUGUGAGCUCUCCCAGCUCUACCACUUUGACCCAAUCUGUGCUACUGGGGAACACCACCUCCCCACCUCUCAACCAGUCUCAGGCCCAGAUGUAUCUACGGCCACAGCUGGGAAACCUAUUGCAGGUAAACCGGACCCUGGGCCGGAAUGUGCCUCUAGCCUCCCAGCUCAUCCUGAUGCCUAACGGGGCGGUGGCUGCAGUCCAGCAGGAGGUGCCGUCGGCUCAGUCUCCGGGAGUCCAUGCAGAUGCAGAUCAGGUGCAGAAUUUGGCAGUGAGGAACCAACAGGCCUCGGCCCAAGGACCCCAAAUGCAAGGCUCUACUCAGAAGGCCGUUCCUCCUGGAGCCUCCCCUGUGUCUAGCCUCUCCCAGGCCUCUAGCCAGGCCCUAGCUGUGGCUCAGGCAUCCUCUGGGGCUUCAGGCCAGUCCCUGAACCUCAGUCAAGCUGGUGGAGGCAGCGGAAGUAGCAUCCCAGGGUCCAUGGGUCCAGGUGGAGGUGGCCAGGCACCUGGGGGCUUGGGUCAGUUGCCUUCCUCAGGAAUGGGUGGUGGUGGGAGCUGUCCCAGGAAGGGCACAGGAGUGGUGCAGCCCUUGCCUGCAGCCCAGACAGUGACUGUGAGUCAGGGAAGCCAGACGGAAGCAGAAAGUGCAGCGGCCAAGAAGGCAGAAGCAGAUGGGGCUGGUCAGCAGAACGUGGGCAUGAACCUGACACGGACAGCUACACCUGCUCCCAGCCAGACCCUUAUUAGCUCAGGUAAGCUUGUCACCUCUCGUAACGGCAUCAUUCUCUCAGAACUUAGCAAACCCCAGACGUUGGCUGUCAAACGGAAGGCAGAAUCUGAGGAGGAGAGAGACGAUGUCUCCACAUUGGGUUCAAUGCUUCCUGCCAAGGCAUCUCCAGCAGCAGAGAGCCCAAAGGCCCUGGAGGAGAAGAGCAGUCUUGGAGAGAAAGCUGAACCAGUGACCGGUGUGAAUGCUAAUACUCCAAGCAGUGAACUAGUAGCCUUGGCUCCUGCCCCGUCAGCACCCCCUCCUACACUAGCCAUGGUGUCCAGACAGAUGGGUGACUCAAAACCCCCACAGGCCAUCGUGAAGCCCCAGAUUCUCACCCACAUCAUUGAAGGCUUCGUUAUCCAGGAAGGAGCAGAGCCUUUCCCGGUGGGUUGUUCUCAGUUACUGAAAGAGUCUGAGAAGCCGCUGCAGACCGGCCUCCCGACGGGGCUGAAUGAGAAUCAGUCAGGUGGCCCCUUGGGAGGGGACAGCCCAUCGGCUGAGCUGGAUAAGAAGGCGAAUCUCCUGAAGUGUGAGUACUGCGGGAAGUAUGCUCCCGCAGAGCAGUUUCGCGGCUCCAAGAGGUUCUGCUCCAUGACUUGCGCUAAGAGGUAUAACGUGAGCUGUAGUCACCAGUUCCGGCUGAAGAGGAAAAAAAUGAAAGAGUUCCAAGAAGCCAACUAUGCUCGUGUUCGUCGGCGUGGACCCCGCCGUAGCUCCUCCGACAUCGCCCGCGCCAAGAUCCAGGGCAAGCGCCACCGGGGUCAAGAGGACUCUAGCAGGGGUUCGGAUAAUUCCAGUUACGAUGAAGCACUCUCUCCGACAUCUCCUGGGCCUUUAUCUGUGAGAACUGGGCAUGGAGAACGUGACCUGGGGACCCCCAAUACGGUACCACCGACGCCAGAAUUACAUGGCAUCAACCCUGUGUUCCUGUCCAGCAAUCCGAGCCGCUGGAGCGUAGAAGAGGUGUAUGAGUUCAUCGCUUCUCUACAAGGCUGCCAAGAGAUUGCAGAGGAGUUCCGUUCCCAGGAGAUUGAUGGACAGGCCCUUUUAUUACUUAAAGAGGAACAUCUCAUGAGUGCCAUGAACAUCAAGUUGGGCCCUGCCCUCAAGAUCUGCGCCAAGAUAAACGUCCUUAAGGAGACCUAA